AUGUGCGCGCAGCCUCUAGCGCUGUCGUGCCAGGACCGGAGCCAGUCGACGCAGAAGCAAAAGCAGCGGGGCGCCCACCAGCCGGGAGAGCGACGUCACCGUCUGGCCGCCUCGGACUCGCCGCUUUCUGUCCGGGCCGUCCGGGUCUCCGGCAGACAGCACAGUGGGUUUCAAGACUACGCUUUCCACAGCAGGAGGCCGCAUGGAGCACAGCGAUCCGCUGGUGGUCCCUGGAGGCACCAUUCGGUGGCUCAUGGGCCUUUGGCAGCCGCAAGGCCGGGGCCCCAGCUUCCUCAGCCGACUGCGCUCCACUAUGACGCUCGCCUGCAUCGCAUUUCUCGUGCUGUGUGUGACUCUCAAGCUAUCCGCGGACCCUCCACAGGAACUGGAGCAGCUCACACUUUGCUGCCUCGUCGUUUCUAUCUGCGUUGGAUUUUUAUGCAAGGUGGCGCUCUUCGUGGCACAGGGCAGCACGAUGCGGCAGUCGGUGAGACUGCUGGAGGACGCCAGGACACAGUUCUGCAAUGGAGACAACAAUCAACUGACGCGGCGUCGCUACCAGAAGCUUUCAGACAACAUUUACUACUACUAUCAGGUGGUGGCUGUGCCGGCGGUGAUGGGCUGGGUUCUCUGCCCGCUGCUGUCCAGCAGCGUCAAGAUGACCGACCAGGACCAGCAAGAGGCUCGUAG